AUGACGCAUCUUCAGCGCCAUUCUGACUACGGUCGCAAAGCCGUUCAUGACCGUGCCAUGGACACCCUUCUCUCUGAACUCUCAACAAGCCACGGCAGGACGCUUUCGUUUAUUGCAACCAUUCAAGAAAUCGCCCGCCGAAACGGAGAGUCUGUCUCUCACAAAGACCUUCUCCAUCUGCAACUUGACUUCAACGCUCUCCCUCCCGACCCUUCGGACUUUCUCCAUGCUUUGCUCCUCAUCGCCCAAACAGCACCAAACAGCGCUGCUGCUUGUCUCGACACGUCUAGCAUCCUUGGUGUUGAGUACAAUUGUGCUACUGGGGGGGUCAAAGAGACUGACAGACCCUAUGAGGCAGCCUUCUUCAUCGACCGCUUCCAUUCGCGUAUAAGAGAGUUGCAGAGUCGUGAGGAGACUCCUUUUGCCGUCUUGCGUGCCCUCUCUCCAGGGCCCCAGAAUUUCGACAGAAAUCAGUUUGUAUCUCGCUAUGAGAUCUUUUAUGGGCCCCAAGAAAACGAUGGACGUAUCCAAUCUCCUAGCAUUCCCGACCAGGUCGUCGAAAGGGGCAUUCUGUUGUGUUUUGUUCUUGCAGAGAAACGCGGUAUGACUGUACAACAGCAACAUCUUAGGGAUCAGUGGGUGCGUAAGCUGUCAGACGAGAUUACAGGUCAGACUGUCAACUCGGUUCUUGAUGAGUACCGUCAUGCUGCUUCCACUAUGAGUGCCGCAGAAAAGGUCAAUGCGCUCAUGUGCACCCUAGCCGGGCGCAAUUUCAUCGUCGAGCGGCCUGAUGGGGCGAUUGCGUGCUACUAUUGGGAUCCCGAAUCUUUAAAGAAGGUUCGUCACCAGAUGAAAAAGUUAUCUCAAGACGUCAACGGACCAAAGUUAUAUGGCUCCUAUUGGCGCAUCGGCUUGGCAUGGACACUUGUCGUCAGUGGCUCACUGCUAGCGAUUUUGUCAGGGGUAUUGAACUGGGCGAAGCGUGAGAACAAAUUCGAGAGGGUCAACGACGUGUUCUCAACGUUUCUCCUUGUGCUUUCGCUGCCAGCCUUCACGGUGAAGAUUGCGGCGACGAAUGGCGAUCAGGCUAUUAAGGACUGGUUGACAGGCGUCAUGAGAGUAAAGAACGUAGAGCAUCUGGAGACACACAUUGCACGGCGUUUAAAGGGCAACAAGCGAAGGGGUUGGGUGGCGAUACAGCGUGUCAAGUGUGAAACGGAUGAUCGGCAGAACUGGACCGCCAAAGACAACAUGUGUUUCAAGACAGAGCAUAUGGAUGGUUCAUUGCGUGCAGAGAAAGACCGCAACAUGAGUGAACUGGAAGUCGUCAUCGGGACCGACGGGAAGCGGGCAAGAUCGUGGAUCCAGAUCAGCAACGAGACCAACAUAAUAGGGAGUGAUGUGAACCAUCUCCAGUUCACAUGCGGGACGACAAACCCGAUUCGCACCCCUGCUUUCUUCAGCCAUACGCCUUCACCGCGUGUCUGGUUUGCCUGA